ACAGGCCUCCUCUUCUGAAAUAUAUACCCAGUGUUGUAUCAACAUUUCCAAGGUUAAAAUUUGUUGUUGAUCACAUUGCAAUGCCUUACGUAAAGGACAAAAAGAUUGAUGGAUGGAGAGAGGAAAUUGCUGAGAUAGCAAAAUAUCCAAAUGUCUACUGCAAAUUAUCUGGUCUUGUAACAGAAGGAGAUUGGAACUGCUGGAAAGCUGGGGAUUUCCAACCAUAUAUUGAUCAUGUCCUGGCUUGCUUUGGAAUUGACAGAUGCAUGUUUGGAUCGGACUGGCCAGUGUGCAAUCUUGCCAAAGCUGACUAUAAAACAGUGUUUGAUUUGCUGCAAAGUCUUCUUUCUUCCAUGACUUUUGAAGACAAGAAAAAGAUUUUCAAAUUGAAUGCAGCCAAUUUUUACAAGCUGGACUUGAAUUAGUGUAUUUAAAUGAAACAUUAUUUAAACAUUAUCAGCAAGCUUUCACAUAAUUACACAAUAUAUGUAUAAAUAACUAUGCAAUCAUUAAAUGAUUUUAUAUGUA